GCGGCGCGCUCGCCUCCCUGGCUCCCGCGCGCCCGGACGCCGCGGCCGGCCUGCGCGCAUCUCGGGUGGGCGGACUCGGGCGAGAUGGAGUGGGUGUGGGCGCUCGUGCUGCUGGCGGCGCUGGGCAGCGCCCGGGCGGAGCGCGACUGCCGGGUGAGCAGCUUCCGAGUCAAGGAGAACUUCGACAAGGCUCGCUUCUCCGGGACCUGGUACGCCAUGGCCAAGAAAGACCCCGAGGGCCUCUUUCUGCAGGACAACAUCAUCGCCGAGUUCUCCGUGGACGAGAGUGGCCAGAUGAGUGCCACGGCCAAGGGCCGAGUCCGUCUUCUGAAUAACUGGGACGUGUGCGCAGACAUGGUGGGCACCUUCACAGACACUGAGGACCCUGCCAAGUUCAAGAUGAAGUACUGGGGCGUAGCAUCCUUUCUCCAGAAAGGAAAUGAUGACCACUGGAUCAUCGACACGGACUAUGACACCUAUGCCGUGCAGUACUCCUGCCGCCUCCUCAACCUCGAUGGCACCUGUGCCGACAGCUACUCCUUCGUGUUUGCCCGCAAUCCCAACGGCCUUCCGCCGGAAGUGCAGAAAAUCGUGAGGCAGAGGCAGGAGGAGCUGUGCCUGGCCAGGCAGUACAGGCUCAUCAUGCACAAUGGUUACUGUGAUGGCAGAUUAGCAUGAAACAUUUUGUAGGAACAGGAGGAUGUCAAGUUUCAUUUGAAAACUUCCCAUUAACUCAGUCAGCCUUCAAAUGUAUCUUAGGAGUGUAGUUUGCCCCCCUCACCUCACCUCCCUUCAAUAUAUGUAAAACCUUCCAUAUGCAUAAAAAUAUGUGUGGGGAUAAGUGAAUCUGCGCUCAAGUGGAUGUCUUUACUAGUUUUCUAAGGAAUCAUUUGAGGCUUAGGAUUUCAGACUUUGAUUUAUUAAAAUAUACUCACCUGUUUCCUAUGA